CCUAGCCACAUCCGGGUUCCGGCCACCGGAGCGGCGUUCUACCUGCGCGGAGUGUGAGGCCGUGUUUGGUUCGCUGGACCGCCUCCGAGACUGACGGGCCAUGUCGUUGUCCCACCUGUAUCGGGAUGGCGAAGGCCGCGUGGACGAUGACGACGAUGAGCGGGAGAACUUCGAGAUCACCGACUGGGAUCUGCAGAACGAGUUCAACCCCAACCGGCAGCGCCACUGGCAGACCAAGGAGGAGGCCACCUACGGGGUGUGGGCGGAGCGCGACUCGGACGAUGAGAGGCCCAGCUUCGGAGGCAAACGCCCCCGGGACUACUCUGCGCCGGUCAACUUCAUCAGCGCCGGCCUCAAGAAGGGGGCGGCGGAGGAGGCGGAGCUGGACGACUCUGAGGACGAAGAGAAGCCUGGGAAGCAGGAGGAGCUUCCGAAGGAUCUGGGGCCCAAGAAGUUGAAGACGGGUGGCAAUUUUAAGCCCAGCCAGAAAGGCUUUGCAGGAGGAACCAAGUCGUUCAUGGACUUCGGCAGCUGGGAAAGGCACACGAAAGGGAUUGGGCAGAAGCUUCUUCAGAAGAUGGGCUACGUGCCCGGCAGGGGCCUCGGGAAGAACGCACAAGGCAUCAUAAACCCCAUCGAAGCCAAACAGAGGAAGGGCAAGGGAGCUGUGGGGGCCUACGGCUCGGAGCGGACCACGCAGUCCCUGCAGGACUUCCCCGUGGUGGACUCAGAAGAGGAAGCCGAGGAGGAGUUUCAGAAGGAGCUGAGCCAGUGGCGGAAAGACCCCAGCGGAAGCAAGAAGAAGCCCAAAUACUCCUACAAGACGGUGGAAGAGCUGAAGGCCAAGGGCAGGGUCAGCAAGAAACUCAGUGCUCCCCAGAAGGAGAUUUCGCAGGUCAAGGUCAUAGACAUGACGGGCCGGGAGCAGAAGGUCUACUACAGCUACAGCCAGAUCAGCCACAAGCACAGCGUGCCCGACGAGGGGCUGCCCCUGCAGGCCCAGCCGCUGCCCACGCCGGGCAAGGAGGCCAGGGCCCCGGGCUUCGCGCUGCCCGAGCUGGAGCACAACCUGCAGCUGCUGAUCGAGCUCACGGAGCAGGAGAUCAUCCAGAAUGACCGGCAGCUGCAGUACGAGCGGGACAUGGUGGUGAACCUGUCGCACGAGCUCGACAAGAUGGCCGAGGUGCUGGAGCACGAGGAGCGCGCCAUCGCCAACCUCAGCAAGGUGCUGGAGCUGGUGGAGCAGUGCGCGCGGCGCCUGCAGCCGGCCUGCAGCAACCCGCUCACGCUGGACGAGUGCGCCCGCGUCUUCCAGACCCUGCAGGACAAGUACUACGAGGAGUACCGGAUGUCCGACCGCGUGGACCUCGCCGUGGCCAUCGUCUACCCGCUCAUGAAGGACUACUUCAAGGACUGGGACCCCCUCAAGGACUGCACGUACGGCACCGAGAUCAUCUCCAAGUGGAAAAGCCUCCUGGAGAAUGACCAGCUCCUGUCCCACGGCGGGCAGGACCUCUCGGCGGACGCCUUCCACAGGCUGAUAUGGGAGGUCUGGAUGCCUUUUGUCCGAAACAUAGUCAACCAGUGGCAGCCGCGGAACUGUGACCCGAUGGUGGACUUCCUGGACAGCUGGGUGCACAUCAUCCCCGUGUGGAUCCUGGAUAACAUCCUGGACCAGCUCAUCUUCCCCAAGCUGCAGAAGGAGGUGGAGAACUGGAACCCACUGACGGACACCGUCCCCAUCCACUCCUGGAUCCACCCGUGGCUGCCGCUCAUGCAGGCCCGGCUGGAGCCGCUCUAUUCGCCCAUCCGCAGCAAGCUGUCCAGUGCGCUGCAGAAGUGGCACCCCAGCGACUCCUCUGCCAAGCUCAUCCUGCAGCCCUGGAAGGACGUCUUCACCCCCGGCUCCUGGGAGGCCUUCAUGGUCAAGAACAUAGUGCCCAAGCUGGGAAUGUGUCUGGGCGAGUUGGUCAUCAACCCCCACCAGCAGCACAUGGAUGCCUUCUACUGGGUGAUCGACUGGGAGGGCAUGAUCUCCGUCUCCAGCCUCGUGGGGCUCCUUGAGAAGCACUUCUUCCCCAAGUGGCUGCAGGUGCUGUGCUCCUGGCUCAGUAACAGCCCAAACUACGAGGAGAUCACCAAGUGGUACCUGGGCUGGAAGUCCAUGUUCUCAGACCAGGUGCUGGCGCAUCCGUCCAUCAAGGACAAAUUCAACGAAGCCCUUGACAUCAUGAACAGGGCGGUGUCCUCGAACGUUGGCGCCUACAUGCAGCCAGGCGCGCGGGAGAACAUCGCCUACCUCACCCACACGGAGCGGAGGAAGGACUUCCAGUACGAGGCCAUGCAGGAGCGCCGCGAGGCCGAGAACAUGGCGCAGCGGGGCAUCGGCGCGGCUGCCAGCUCGGUGCCCAUGAACUUUAAGGACCUCAUCGAGACCAAGGCCGAGGAGCACAACAUCGUCUUCAUGCCCGUCAUCGGGAAGCGGCACGAGGGGAAGCAGCUCUACACCUUUGGCCGCAUUGUGAUCUACAUCGACCGCGGGGUGGUCUUCGUGCAGGGCGAGAAGACCUGGGUGCCCACCUCGCUGCAGAGCCUGAUCGACAUGGCCAAGUAG